ACAGAAUAAAGAGAAACACAGAGAGGCAGACAGCUCCACACACAUCAGUCAGUAGGUGUGAGAACACAAGAGCCAGAGACAUAAAGGCACACAAAUAGAAGAAAGAAAAUAAUCCAAUGACAAUAAGAAGAAAGUGAAAAGUCAAGGGAGUUGUUGCUCAGUUGGGAACCGACCCAGCCAGCUGCACAGUCUGCAGAUUGUCUCGGACAAAACCACUGUGACAGGGCGUCUACUGGGAGGACGGACUGGUUUGAAGCCACAGGGAGCAGACUGCCCAGCGCCAUGGCCGACAGCGUGAACGAGGAGUCGGAUUAUAACCCGGGGAAAGAUGAGCUGGACUGGGGCUACGAGGAAGGUGUAGAAUGGGGGCUCCAUUUCCCAUCAGCUAAUGGCGAGUACCAAUCUCCCAUUAACUUGAACUCCAGGGAGGCCGAGUAUGACCCGUCCCUGCUGGACGUGGGUUUGUCCCCUAACUACGUGGUGUGUCGAGAAUGUGAAGUCAUCAACGACGGACACACCGUCCGCAUCAUCCUCAAGACCAAGUCAGUGGUUUCUGGCGGUCCGUUGCCUAGUGAUCAUGAAUAUGAGCUUCACGAGGUUCGUUUCCACUGGGGCAAGGAGAACCAGAGAGGAUCAGAGCACACUGUCAACUUCAAGGCUUUCCCUAUGGAGCUCCAUCUGAUUCACUGGAACAGCACUCUGUUCAAUACUUUGGAGGAUGCUCUUGGAAAGAAGAACGGAGUCCUCACCAUUGCUCUUUUCGUGCAGAUCGGUAAGGAGCAUCUGGGUCUAAAGGCCAUCACUGAAGUUUUGCAGGACCUGCAGUACAAGGGAAAAAGCAAGAUAAUCCCCUGCUUCAACCCCAACACUCUGUUACCUGAUCCUUUACUAAGAGACUACUGGGUGUACGAAGGAUCACUGACCACACCACCUUGUAGUGAAAGUGUGACCUGGAUCCUCUACCGCUACCCUCUCACCAUCUCACAAUCACAGAUCGAGGAGUUUCGGAGACUGCGAUCCCAUGUCAAAGGGGCGGAGCUACUUGAAGGAAACGAUGGGAUGUUGGGAGAUAACUUCCGUCCCACCCAGCCGCUCAGUGACCGGACGGUUCGUGCAGCCUUCCAAUGACUCUUGCUUCCCACUGCCAACUAGGAAGAAAUGUGUCCCCCACAGAUACAAGCCCAGAAGGGGAGCAGGAAGACCAGGAAGGCAAAUAAAUGGAGCCCGAAGGUGGACAAAGAAACUAUUGAUCUGCCUAGCAUGUGCUUCUGCGAAUGGUUGUCCUUUUUUCUUUAACAUUCAAGAGUCAGUAGGGAAGAAGUAUUUUCGUGUUAAUCAGUUACCGUACAAUAGUAAGAAGAAAUACAAAUAAAAUUAAAUUAACAGCAAAGUAAAGCAAA